AUGCCUCGUGGUCAGAAGAGUAAGCUCCGAGCUCGUGAGAGACACCGACUAAACAGAGCUCAGACCCAAGAUAUUAAGGAUACCCCAGCAGCUACUGCAGAGGAAGAGGCGGCCAGUUCAUCCUCCUCCCCUGAUUGUGGGGAUGGUCCCUCCACCUCCGCUGUGGCUGGCAGUCUCCCGGCACCUCCGAGUGUCCCAGCCACCACCAGCGCCGCUGCAGGUGUUUCCUGCAAAAGGUCUGAUGGAGGUGCCAGGAGCCGUGGUAAGAAAAAUAAACAUUCCUCCCAGGCCUCCACUUCCACGGAGAGCUCUGGCGCAGAUCUCCUUACCAGGAAAGCGGGUAUGUUGGUGCAAUUCCUGCUGUAUAAAUUUACAAUGAAUGAGCCCGUAAGAAAGGCAGAGAUGCUGAAGAUUGUGCACAAAAGGUACAGGGAGCAACUCCCUGAGAUCCUCACGAAGGCCUCUGUGAGCUUGGAUCUGGUCUUUGGUUUAGAACUGAAGGAAGUCAGGCCCAACAGCCACUCCUACACGCUGGUCUACAACUCAGAUGAUACCGGUGAUGGAACUCUGAGCAGUGCCUGGCGAUUACCCACCAGAGGGAUUCUGAUGCCUCUGCUGGCGGUGAUCUUUUUGCGUCACAACAGCGCCCCUGAGGAGGAUAUCUGGGCAAUCCUGAAUAUGUGGGGCAUCUAUGACGGACAGAGGCACCUGAUCUUUGGGGAUCCCAGGAAGUUUAUCACCCAAAAUUUGGUGAAGGAAAAGUACCUAGAGUACCGGCAGGUGCCCAACAGUGAUCCUCCACGCUUUGAAUUCCUGUGGGGUUCAAGAGCCCAUGCUGAGAUCAGCAAGAUGAAAGUGCUGGAGUUUUUGUCCAAGAUCAAUGGGACCUCCCCCAGUGACUUUCCAUGUCAUUAUGAAGAGGCUUUGAGAGAUGAGGAAGAGCGAUCCCGGGCCACUGCUGCAACCAUGGCUGGCACUACUUCCAAGUCCAGUGGGGACUCUAGGGCGACAUCCAGCUGUGCAUCUCACCUUGAGUGA